AUGACAGAGGUUAAUUUAGGGGUUACGUGUGACAUGCAUGUACAUGCAAGAGAUGGGGCAAUGGCUGAGCUUGUCACUCCAACAAUACCGGAGGGUGGUAUUUCCGUCGCCUAUAUAAUGCCCAACCUUCAACCACCAGUUACUACGUUGGAAAGGGUGAUUGGAUAUAAGAAAUGUUUAGAAAACUUGAGUCCUCGAACGACAUUUCUGAUGACCCUUUACUUAUGUGAGGAUUUAACACCAGAGUUGAUCCACGAGGCUGCACAAGCUGGUGCCAUAAACGGUGUAAAAUGCUAUCCCGCAGGAGUCACAACAAAUUCUUCUGCAGGUGUAGAUCCAAAUGAUUUCAGUAAAUUUUAUCCAAUAUUUUCUGCUAUGGAGGAAGAAGGAUUGGUUUUAAACUUGCAUGGUGAAAAGCCAAGUAUCUCUGGACAGGGUGAGGACAUCCAUGUGCUAAACGCUGAGUCAUCGUUCUUACCAGCACUGAUGAAGUUGCACGGUACUUUCCCAAACUUGAAAAUCGUGCUUGAACACUGCAGCACAGAAGCAGCUUUGAAUGCUAUAGAUGAAAUCAACAAAAAUGUUACUGAUCCUAAGGACUUAAAAGUGGUGGCUACGAUAACUGCACACCAUCUAUCAUUGACAGUUGACGAUUGGGCAGGUCAUCCGGUUAAUUUCUGUAAACCCGUACCAAAACUUCCAAGUGAUAGAAGAGCCUUGAUCCAAGCUGCCAUCAGCGGGAAGCCUUACUUCUUUUUCGGAUCGGAUUCUGCACCUCAUCCAGUGCAUAAUAAAGCUAAGCAUAUUGGUGUAUGUGCAGGGGUUUUCACUCAAUCACUAGCCAUCCCAUACCUAGCCCAAGUAUUUGAGGAAAAUAAAGCCUUAAACAAAUUAAAAGCAUUCGUGUCCGAUUUUCCUUUGGAAUUUUAUAACAUAGACAGGAAGAACUUAAAGUCUCAGGAAGAAGCUGUUCUGUACAAGACUGAACAAUGGGUCCCAGAGUUUAUUACAGAUGAUAAAGGCAUUGAUGUAGUUCCAUUCAAGGCUGGUGAAAAACUCGGCUGGAGCAUAAAAUGGGUUAAAAACUCAAAUUAA